CUCCGCCCCCUUCUCUCGAGCUCCUUUCGUGCACACACAAACGCGCAAGCUGCAAGGAUCGUCAAGGGCAAGCCAUAACACGUGUUAGCCAUUAAGUGUCUGCCGACCCCGUAGACAACCCCGUAGCGAAUGAGAUUGUCGGAAUUUGUCUAAAUGUUUACGUCUCGCGCGUCCGCCCGCUUGUGCGUCUGUUUAGUACUCAACUUUGUUUAUAUUACUUUGUGGUUGGAAAGAUCUAAACGUGUCCAACGACGGUCCCCUGCGCAGUUGUGAGACUGACGAGCUCUGGACGAGCUCUCGUCGAAUUUUGAAAUUCGUCAAGGGCAGAGCAUAAUAUAUAUGUCAAGGGCGUAGCCCUAUCAACAUAUCAAGUGUCUGCCGAAACAUUUUGAUUUUAACAACCCCGUAGCGAAUGAGAUUGUCGGAAAUUGUCUAGACAUUUACGUCUGGCGUCCGCUCACGCUUGAGCGUCUGUUUAUUGCUCAAGGAUGUGAAAGUGUCCAACGACGAUCUCCUGCGCAGUUGUGAGACUGAACUCUGGACGUUCUCGUCGAACUUUGAAAUUCUCUUCCCUUUAUUUUCCUGGUGCAACAUAACAUUUCUUACACCAAGUUUACAAGUCAGCAGAAAUUAAAAUGAGCUUAUCAACCUACGACAAGGGAAUAAUGCAGUCCACUUGUAACAACAAAAAGUCUUACGCUGCUUUCCUGAUCGACAGACCUUUCAAUGAAGAAGACAACUUGAAGGCCCUCUUAAUGAACUGUUUGCGCUACCGCCUCCAGAUAGUACGGAAUUCGGAAACCGGUACGGGAGGUAAUACCAAUGAUGCUGAUUCUGAAAGUGAUUUUGAAAAAGAUUUUCGCGAGUGGGACGACCUAGAUUCGUCACCUUCAUCAGAAAAUUUUUUAUCGAAUUCGGAAGACAAUGAAAGCAGCAGCACUUCUAAAGUGAUUAGCGUGUACGAUUCAUUGUUGCAACUCAUCGACGAAUUUGACGCAACCGGCGCUGCUGAGAUUUUCCGUCUGCUGCUGGAACGAAGAGCUGCCAUUCCCUUGUUCGUUCCCAAAUCCAAGAAGCAUUAUUUGAGUUUGCUAAGACAUGUAACCUUGCCCAGGAUCGACAAUAUCCGUCUGAGUGAGGACAAGUCCUUGUCGCGCGUUGCCGUGAUUUCCUGCCGUCAGAGGAAGCAGAGUCAGACAUGCGACAUUCUGAAAAGCAUUUUCAACAUUGACAGCUUCCAUUUUCUCGAUUUGGCCACGAGCAACAUUUCAUCGGAAAGUAUGCUGGCCGAAAUUGGGUGUGGCUGCAUAGUUUCUGAUGAUUGUAAAACUAAAACAACAAAAAUUCAAAACGUUUUGGUCGUGCACGUCAUGGGAGAUUUCAAGCCCCUUUGGUCAUUUCUACGUCGUUUUGCCGAUUGCUUUUUGAUUGAAGAUUCGACUGUUGAAUCAGAGUCAUUUUUCAAAGCAUUUAUGACAAAAGACAAAAAAAGGGAAUUGGAUUCACAAGAUGCUGCACUCGGAGUAGAGAUGCACAAGUCGUUUAAUUGCCUUUGGAAACCCUCAGACGGAACGCCGAGCCAAAUAGAGAAAAAACGUAAAGAAAACGAAUUCCUUCAUUUCUACUUUCAAAACCAACUUUCUGAUACUUUUAAACUUGAAUUAAAAUCGGAUAUCGUGACUUGUAUGGAUAAAACGUUAACUUCAAACGUCGACUUUGCAAAAAAACGAUUGAAGUUGUGCGAUAUUCCCAUAUUAGAAGCUGAAGAAUACCGCUCUCUGGAGUGUGUGUCACCGACCGAAAUCGAAUCAAAGAUCGACGAGUCAGUUAACAAAUCAUUGGGAAACGUGAGAAAAAAUGAAUUUGUCCUUCAGAAAAGCUUUAUGCAAGAAGCGGAACACCACGAGUCGAAAAUGGAGAACCGAUUGAAGGAAGAAAAGUUGCAUGAAGAAGACGGGAAGAUCAAAGUAAUUCGUGAACAACGCCGCGCUUACACCCGUCAGGUUGAAAAAAACUCUUUACUCCGAUUGUUUCUCAGUCUUCUUGAGACUAAAGAUCCUUGUUCCCGCGUUUUAUCCAUUCGGGUUCUAGAAAAAGAAUUGGCCAAACGUGGUGAACAGGAACUUGGCGAAUUAUUCAAAGAUGUUGAGAAUUUAUCGGUUUCGUAUUGGGAGAAAUUAAACAAUGCUGAUGAAACAGAUUUUCAUUCAGUCGCAAAGAAUCUUCGUUCCGCUAAGACCAACUUGAUUGAAAAUGUACUUGGCAUCGAACAUUUGUGGAGAGAGUUGAGUCAUCUCUACGUGGACAUGGAACCGGAACGACGGUCGCCGGCAAUAGAAAACAUCCCUCGUCUGGCCGCUCAGCACUUAAUGGACGGAUUCUGCCUUGAACUACUCGAUGGCGAUUCCAACAUUAUCCGCGAGAAGUGGAUAAAAGAAGUUUUACAACAACUGGGGUCGUUGACGAAAAGAAAACGUCUCUUUAUCCUGUCCGUCAUGGGUGUCCAGAGCAGCGGCAAAUCGACAUUGCUCAACACAAUGUUCGGCAUCAGAAUGAGAACCAGCGUCGGCCAAUGUACCCGAGGUGUCAACAUGCAGCUGGUACCCGUCGAAGGCCGUCCCGAAUACGACUACAUUUUGCUGCUGGACACGGAAGGGACUCGGUCAUCAGAGUAUCAUGGUCUGCCCGGCAGCGAAAAAAGGGAUAACCAAAUGGCUACUUUAAGCAUUUUACUAUCGGACGCGACCAUCGUCGUUAUGCAGGGAGAAAACGACGCGGCCACAAAAGAAAUUUUGCCGAUUGUUUUAAUGGCCUACCAAGGAUCACAAUUGGCAGAAGACAACGGCGGCCGGCUCAGUUCCAGGAUGUUCUUCGUUUACAAUAGGAUCGACACCAGCCAGAAGGACAAGUUGGGCGAUAUCAUUCAAAAACUCGGAACUUCACUUUAUGAAGCUUUUCGUCAAGUGCAAACCUCGAUUGGAAAUUCUACUAAUUUGAAAUCGGAAAGUCCAUUUGCCGAUUUCAAAUUUGACACACCUGACUCAUCCGACAGUGACGUUCUCUUUUUAGGAAACGUCAAGAAAGAUUCGGAACCUCCAAACGAUGUGCCAAAUGAAAAAUACGGCAAAGAGUUAAUUCAGUUUCGGGAACAUAUCCACCAACGAGUAACAAAUGCAAAGAGCGGUAAUACGUGCUGGAAAAGUAGAUCCAUCAACGAGUUUUCCGAAUACACGGAAGAGGUCUGGAAGUGCAUCUGCUCAGCCAAUUUCAUCUUCACUUUUGCCACGGUGGUGGAAAACAUGUCGUUCGACCAAUUGGAUUUAGAGUACAAAGCGGUUGAACGAGAAUUAGCUGAAGCCUACGAAAAGUCCUUCGAAAACAUUAGAAAACGAAUGAGAAAAUUUAUCGAAGAAAAAAAUUUAUUUUUAUGUUCAACUUCCACGAGAGACCAAGACGGCAAAAUUCAAGGUAGAAAUGAAAAUUCUCCUGUUUCUUCUGACCCCUUUCGAUCUUCGCUUCGUAACGAGAUAUUUCUAGUUAUUAAGGAGAAAUUAGACGAAAAGGUCGAGAAAAUUGUGAAAAAAGAAGGUCGAGAAAAAUGGAGUCACCAGUUUGAAGAAAUAUGGAAAAAUAACAAGAAAGAUCAAGCCUUAAACUGGGAAUGUAAUCUGUUGAACACCUUUAAUGUGUUGUUUACUUACGAACGUGACGUGGAGAAAUAUAGGAAGAAAAUGAGGACUGAAAUCAAUACGCUCUUUAAACCAUCAUCAACGAAUUCAUGGACAGAAGAUAAUAAGAAAGAAAAAUUCGAAGAGAUGUUCAGAAGCAUUUUGACUGAAGCGAAAAAAGAGUUCCCUCCAAAGGUAGUUAAAAAUGAAAUAACCAAAGUGUAUCAAGAAAGCCCCGUGAUUAAGAAUAGGAAAAUUGAUAUAAAGUGGCCCGAUGUUGAUGAGUCAUUAGCGCUUGAAGCUAAUCAGCCAGAGAAAGAAGAAGAUAAAAAGUCAAGAUGGGUUUUAAAUCUUCUUUUUCAGUACCGGAAGCAUCUUCCCAGUAUUACCAAUAUUGUCAAAAAGAUCAGAGGCAAUAAGGAAAAAGAGGAAAUCGAAAUUUCCAAGUGUGCUGGUACCGUUUACGACACCAUCAACAAAAUUGUCUCUGGAAAACUCUGUUACGAUGACAGCAUUAUUGAGAGUGUUAUCCGCGAGGUAGAUGAAAAAAUAAAAAAAGCCGACAAUCUCACUGAAAAUACCGUAGCUACGAUCAUGCAUAAUCACGGUAUGAGACUUAUUUUGAAAGUGAUGGAAAAAACUCAAAAAGAAUGGGAAAAACAAAACUCCGUGCCCGCCAAACUCGAGUCCCACGAAGCGAUCUUACGUAAUACCUUCAUGAUGGUUUCACAGGGCGUGGAAAAGACGCAGUUAUUUGCUGCUACCAUGGCAAAAACCUUGGAGUUUUCCAUUAUUUCAGCGUUCGAAAAAGAGAUGGUGCAAAAGACUUUUCAAGGAAUUCGAAAGGAGCGUUGGCUAUACGACGCCAGAUUCAUGCAAAAGCACAUGGAUCUCCAUUUGAUCGACUUGCUGGAAAAAAAUAAAUUGAACGAAGCACUUGAUAACAUACGUGUUCCUAAGGCGUUUUACGCAGACAUACUCCAGCAAUUAAUUGCUCAAAAGGUACCCGCCGUUAAGGAUGAAUGGAAGAAUUUCAAGAAUCAAUUAAGUCAAGCAAUAAAAAAGGCGGCAGCAGUCCAAGUCGACAGUGGAAGAGCACAACAAUUUGUCAGCCAAUUACGCACAGAAUUUUUGGAAGGUUAUUUGCAGAGUGAAACUUUAGGUUCGGCAUUUCUGAUUGAUUGCAGUGGUGAGUACGAGGAUUGCGACAACGAAGAGAAAAAAGAAUUUCAAGAAGCGUGCACACAAAAAUUGCAUGAAGUGCUAGAAAAGCAACCAGCAUUUAAAAAUCAAGGAGUCUAUGCAAAAGAACUGAGUCUAAAAGUAGUCCAGUAUAUGGUAACUUUAAACGACCAGGCAGCACUACCACGUUGCGAUGAAUGUUGUCGCUUAUGUAAGAGUCUGUGCCUCGAGGCGGCCAAUCACGACAUAGAACUUAGACCUCAUGAUGCAGUCCAUCAGCCAGGAGGAGUUGCAGGAUUUAGUUACCACCCGACUAAUGAAUUGGUUGCAACAACUUGUUGUCAAUCUUACGAAAAAGACAGUUCAUUUGUCCUUAACGGAGAUGACACUAAAUGGUAUAAAUACAAAGAUUAUGCUACGGUCUUUCCUGGAUGGAAAGAUCCUCGGAUCUUAGAAGAAUUGCCAGUGCGCGAAUACAUAUUAGCUACUUACAACAAAGAAAUUGCCGAAAAGUACAACCUUGAACCUUGUACUACAAUACCCGCAAGCUAUUUCCGACAUUUAUCCACCAUUAGGAAACACCUAGAAGAGGAAAUUGGUGGCUCAAUGAAAGGUUGACAUUAUUCUUCUUUUCUAUUUCUUGUUUGCUUAGUAGUUAAAAAAUUUCUGCGCACACAUGUUUUUACCUAUGAUUUAUGUGUGGAGCGUAGUUACUUUUAUACAAUUAAAUAUUGUUUGAUUAUUAUUUUUGCUUAAUUACAACUAUCUUGCUAUCUUACAAAUUACAAUACACUAUAAUCGUAGAUGAA